GUAUUCGGCAUUUCUUCUACAAGACAAAACGACAUGACGUUCAGGUAGAAAUUCCUUUCGUUGUCUCCAAGUAUAUAACCUGUUCAUUGAGGGCGUAGACGACGAAGCCAAUUUUUCAUCCCUUCGCGUUUCGCUCCAUUUUCUUACCCGAUGAAAGAAAAAUGAAAUGGAAUAUUCAAAUGGAAGAAGUAGAAGCGAUUCUGGAAAAAAUCUGGGACUUACACGACAAACUCAGCGACGCUAUUCACUCAAUUUCACGAUCUCAUUUUCUCACUUCUACUAUCAAAACUCUCACUGAUUCUUCUCACAUUCAAAACGACGCUACUGCUACUAAAACGACAAAUGAAGACGGUGCUGGUUUUGUUUUUGUUAAGGACUUUCGACCUCAAAACGACGACGUUGAUGACGCCGUUCAUGAAGCUAAGAGUCUUAAUGCUAUAAGAGCCGCUCUCGAGAAUCUCGAAGACCAGCUUGAGUUUUUCCAUACCAUUCAGACUCAGCAGCGCGUUGAGAGAGAUGCUGCAAUUGCACGUUUGGAACAGAGUAGAAUUGUUCUUGCAAUGAGACUGGCAGAACACCGUGGAAAAAAAUAUAAAGUCAUUGAAGAAGCUCUUGCUUUUGUUGGAGAUGUACAUGAAGCCAGCUGCCUUGCUUCACCUGAAGUUUAUGGACAACCAAAAGGUAAUGCUGAGAUUUUUGUAGCCGACAAAGGGAAGAGAUCUAAUAUCUUCAUGAAUGUUUUUAUCUCAAGUUUCAAUUUUGUGAAGAAAUCUCUUGGAUUGGAUCAUAUGGGAGGUAUUGUUGGCAAUGCUGCUUUGGUUGCAGUUAGCAUGAUUGCUUUACUUCAUUUACAUCAGGUAACUAAUCAUGAGCUUCCAUUUAGGGAAGAAAAUAGAGUUCACACCAACAGAACUAUGAGAAGAACAGUUCAAUUGGAGGGUUCUUCGUCCAGUUCCCAUUCGGGUAACUUGGAUGUAUUGUUGGCGAGAGGUUAGGAUUAAACCUCUAUUACUUUGGUGGAAUGAUGAGAGUUAUGUUUUUUAGUCUAUCAAGUGAUGUGUUCAUUUUCUUUCUUUCUUUUCAUUUUUUCUGUGCUCUUGGUCCUUUGUUUUGUCAUGGUUACAAAGGAGGGCUGAAACCUGUUCUGGGGAGGGGAGAAUAGGCUAAAAUUGAGGCAUAACUACUUUAGUGAGCUUGCCCAAAAGAAGUUAGUGUCAUUUGAUAUAUGGUUUUUGAUGCAACCAAAAUUUGCACUAGUUGCAUAAUAGUUGAUCUGAUGAUGUGUGAGAGAUGUAGGUUCUGUUUGCGGAUUCCCAGUUGUGGUGCAGAUGCUUAUACUUAGUUAGAUAGUGUAAUCUGUGAUAGAACACUGCACCUUUUUUACCUUGAUUUUUUGUGUUCGUUUUGCUUCCCACUAAGUAGAAUCUUUUGUAAGAAUACUGUUGCAAUGAAGGAGAUAUUUGAUGUAAAUUUCCAAGAAAUUGAUUAUGCAGUACUGUAUUGGUAGUUAGUUGUUGGCUUUGGUUUUCUCUUUAAUACAACAAAUGGUUCCCUAAUAUUCAUGUGGGCCACAUGUUAAUAGAGAUUAAUAUAUGUACUACCAA